AUGGAAAAUCCAGAUGAACCGGUUGAAAGACUCUUGUCCAAACCAUUGGUCGUAUCGAUUAUCACACAUAUGAUUUUAGUAAUAUUCAAUAGUAAUAUUUGUAGUCGUAGUUGUAAUAGUACAAAUUCUAAAUCAUUUUUUAAUUAUAUCCCACCCACACCACAUAUCCCACAUAUCCAAAGUAAACACACACCCAGCAAUCCAGUUAUUUCUGUCAUUCUCUCUUGUUGUAUAGUACUAUACUUAUUCCAAGAAUAUCAAAAGUUCAUACAAUCUAUGUCUUACCAAGCAGUUUAUUUAGAUCGUGGAGCAAUGUAUAACCCACAUCAUCAUAUGCAUCACCACGUUUCUCAUCAUCCUCAUCUUCAGCAACAACAACAACAACAACCACACCACCACAUUGGUGGGGGCUAUCAUCAACAUGGACAACACCCACAACACUACUCGCCCGACUCGCAUCAUCAUAUGAAACCCGUCUCUUCAUCUUCAUCCGAUGACGAUUUAAGAGCUUCCAUCACAACAUCUCCAACACCAACACCAUCAUCAUCACUACCACCACCAUCUGCUACGACGAUGGACAUGUAUCGAAAUAACAACAAUGGCGGCGGCGUUGCCAAUCACCACCCGGCCGCAGCUGCUGCUGCAGUGGCUGCAUACCAAAAGCAAGAGGAACCACUCUAUGUCAAUGCUAAACAAUACCAAAGAAUAUUAAAGCGCCGUGCUGCACGCGCCAAGACAGAGUCAGAAAACAAAAUCCGUAAAAGAAAACCAUACCAACAUGAAAGUAGACACCAACAUGCACUCAGAAGACAAAGAGGAAAUGGAGGUCGAUUCCUUACGGCAAAGGAAAAAGAAGAAUUGGAAAAGAAGGAAAAAGAUGCUGCCAAUGGUAUUGGUUCACCUACUAAUGAUAGUGGCAGUGGUCCUUCUUCAAAUUCAUCUCCAAAUCUAAAUUUAAAUAAUCAUAAUAAUAAUAAUAAUAAUAAUAAUAAUAGUGUAGGCAAUAAUCAUCAUGAAUCAAUUGCUACAACCAAUUCAAAUUCUACUAAUAGUUUAAAAUCAACAAAUGAACAAAAGAAAUCAAAUAAUAAUAAUAAUAAUAAUAUACACCAUCAAUCAAUUCCUGUAACUCAAGAACAACAACAACAACACCAACAAUUACAUCAUAAUAUUCCAGAAAUACAACAUCAACAUCAACAACAAUUUAUUAAUAAUCAAUUUUAUCAACCACAACAACAACAACAACAGAACAAUAUGUUUCAAAAUGAUGGGAAUUCAACUCCAUCAUCUCCUCACUCUCCAUUACUUUAUAAUCAUAAUAAUAAUAAUAAUAAUAAUGGAAAUUAUAUAGUUUAA